AUGACAACUUGUGUUAAGGACUUUGGUAGAGCCUGGUGGUCAGAGGUAUAUAACAGAAUAAUUGGUGCUGCCGUUUAUUUGGACGAUGCUAGUUCUGAAUGUCUUCAUUGGGACGGUGGUCUCUUGAACUUGCUUUUUGGAGGAGCAGUAGCUGUUAAAAGCUUGUCUCCGUUUGAGUUUUCAGGCAAAGACCAUAAAAAGGCUGUAUUCAUUACACAAUCCACAUCAACUCAACUUAAAACAAUAUGUGAGAUAAUAAAGAAUAGUGAUUUCACACAUUGCAUUCUUAUAUCCUGUGUUGGUUUGGAUGUAGUCUUCCUAGAGUUAAAUGAAGGGAAGGAUGUGAGUGAUAUCAUAGCAGCAGGUAAAGGUCAAACAGAAUGCACUAAACAGUUAGAAGGCAUGCUAUGUGAAUGGAUUGGUAAAAAACAAUAUGCUGUAGAAGUUGUCCAUAUACCGAUCUGCACAAUAUCACCGACAAAUGUUGUGUUUUUGACACCACCAUAUCAUAAUGUUUACCCUAAGUAUGAUGGAAAACUUAUUCCUGAUUCAACAUCGAUUGAUCUUUAUACACUGAAGAGAGAAGAAAGGUCUCAAGUACGGAGAUUGGCUAGUAGCCUCAACAGUAUAAUGGACUCUAUGAACCUAAAGGAGGAUAUAUUUUAUGUAGGACCGUAUAGUUCACUAGUAGCUGGUGUUCUAGAAAACUCACCUGUUUGUAUAUCAAGAAGAAAAAAUUCUAUAAAUCCCACAUCUUUGAUCAUUGUUGAUCGCACGCUUGAUCUUUGUGGGGUAACUAGCUUCUCUAUGGAAUCGGUUCUUGAUAAAAUCAUGACAGUUUUGCCGAGAUUUCCGGGACACUCUAAUGAGGUUGCAGUGGAUAUGUCACCACUAUGUGAGGCCAAUGUAAUAAACCACCCAGAAGAUAUCCAAUUGAGUCCUGGUUGUUUAUUUCACGCAAAAGACGAGUCUUGCACUCAGACCUACGACCACAUGAUUAAUAAGUCGCAAAAGGAAGUCAUGUUCGAUUUGUAUAACAAAUUAUCCAAAUUGGACGUGCAAAAGUCGCCUAGUCCAAAAAAUUUACUGAAAGUCACGCCACAAAGCAUGGAAAAAAUUGUGGCGGCAUCAAAAGGGAAUUAUGACAUUAUAGAAAAGAAUUUAGGCGUGUUGCAGCAAGCACUUGCUGUUGUACAGACAUUGAAGUCGCCCAAACGUGCACAAAUCGAGUUACUUAUGAGUUUAGAGAAACAAGUACUGCAAAAUCUAGCUGCCAGCCGAGACUCAACUAGCGUGCUGCAUCUGAUCAGCAAUUUAAUAAAAACGAGAAAAGAACGCAAUCUUCCUGUCGAAAGUUUACUGGCUUUGAUCACUAACAUAUACUCGCUGAUUGGAACAGAGGUGUCAUUCUCUAAACAACACGAGGAUAGUCUCACUGAGACCUUAAGUGUGGCCAUAUUUGAAGACCACAAGUCGCUGUUCUCGAAUGAUGACAUUAGUCACAUAGUAACGCCAGAACAGUGUGAUGAAAUCGCACAAAAUAUUAUGACAAAGUUAAAGGAUGUUGCCCAAAUGAGAAAAAUAUUACACAAGUAACUAUUCUUCAUAAUUAUUAAUCUUUCCGCGAGCGAC